AUGGCAGACGAGACGGAGAACAUCUUUAAAGUGUUUGACAAGGACUUCGACGGAAAGCUGAAGGCCCUGGAGAUGCACCAGGCGCUGGGAGCCGCAGGCCUCUGUCCCUCCAUAGAAGCGGUGCAGCUAGCUGUGAAGGAGGCAGGGGAGGCCGGCGGGGACAUUGAGGUCUUCCGGCGGCUGCUGCAGCAGUUCCAGAGCAGCAAGCCAACAGCAGAAACCCUCAAGCAGCAAUUCAAGGUGCCCAGCUAG